AUGAGGCUUGGAGACAUACUCAGACUUAUUCCAAUGUCGGAAUUGGUUUUCAACAAAGAAGACUUCGAGUAUUACAACAAAAUAACAGCCAAAGAUCUAUUGCUGCAGAUGGUGCAGGCAGCAUAUCUGCUGUGCAGUGCCUACAUGAUAUGGCUGAGCAUUGGGCUGAUAUGCAACUCAGAGGCGCCCAUUGUGGUUGUGCUGAGUGAAAGCAUGUAUCCUGGCUUCCACAGGGGAGACAUUCUGCUACUUGCCAACUGGAGACAGGAGUACCACGCAGGAGACAUCUGUGUCUUUGAGCUGGUUAAAGACGAGAUCCCCAUAGUCCACAGAGUCAUUGACAGAAAGUAUAGCAAAAACCCAAUACCCGAAAUAAAAAAAAGACAGAGCAAAAGCCCUGCCAUCAACCACCUGCAGUACAUGACCAAAGGAGAUAACAACAGCGGUGACGACAUGUUUUUAUACAGGAAAAUAAACAUCGAGUACCUAGAUACGAACUUCCUAAGUAAUACCGUGUACGCAGCAUUCCCUCUGAUAGGAAUGAUAACUAUAUGGACAGGGAGCUUUUCAGGCAUAAAGUACUUCAUAAUUCUUUUGCUGUUCAUGGAUGUGAUGUUCACCCGAGAUAACACUCUGAAGAUAGAAAAGAUAGAAGACGAAAAUGAAGACUUAGACAAAAACAAGAAAAAAGAACAAUGA